GGCGGCAUAACUGACUAUACAAUUCUAAUUUUGGGUGAGAUGAUAUAUUAAAAUAUUUAUUUGCUACAAUAAUAAUGAAAAUGGGAUCUUUUCGUUUUUGUGUUUUUUAUACAUUUAGUUUGCUCGCGGUGUCAGGAGAUGAACAAGCUGAUAAACAAGGAUAUCCAUCCUUAAGCGAAGGUUACUUAAACAUAUUUAAAAAUAUGCCGUUAUUAUACGAAUAUAUUCACGCUACGCUAACUAAAAAUCCUGAAGUUUUAGAAUGUAGCCAAACAUAUUAUCCAGGAGCGAAUAUUUAUGAUUACGUUAUGAACAAUGAUGAACCAGUAAACGACGAUGAUGAUGAAAAUAUGAAUAACGAAAAUAAUGUUAAAAGAAAUGCAAAUAAUGAUUUGACACAAGAAGAUAUAAAUAAAAGUGAUGCAGAAAACUAUUUUGAUGAUAGUUACGACGAUGUGUCAAAUAGCGAACAUCUGGAAUUAGAUAAUUAUAAAACAGAUAUUAAUAAACGUGAAAAUGACAAUCAUGAUGAAGACAGCUCUGUUGAUCCUAACGAGAUUAAAGAAAAAGCGAUCUGGGCUGAGGAAGAGCUGGAGAAAAAUAAUUCCUAGUUAAAGUACCGAAUGUAAUGAAGUUUUAAAUAAAAUAAUAUGUUACAAUUAUUGUGAUAAAGAAACGUAACGUGUAUUACCGGAAGA